AGAAUUUCAUGUAUUUUUCUAUAAUGGCGAUACAAUCUCGAAAAUCUGCAAUCAUUGCUUUGAAACCGUUGCUUUCAAUUUUCAGUUGCUUUAUUUCUACGUGAAGAAUACCGUUUUGAUAACACGUAUAAAUUGUAACCUAAACGUUAAAUAUUCGAUGUAAACAUAGAUACGGAUAGAAAGUACAAUUGUAAAAUAAUUAUCCAGAUUGCUUCCUUUGAAGGGAGAAUAAUUGACAUUUGUUAUUCUGCAUUCCUUAAAAGUAUUUUUAUGAAAUAUAAAGGAGUUCACAAUAUAUAAAUAUAUCAAACAUUGCAAGUAAAUACAGUCUUCUUUAUUUCACAAGACAGCACCCGACUUCUUUAGCAAUCGUUCUUUAAUAGAAAUUGAUAGAAAUAAAUCAUGUCUGCGAGUACUUCUUCUUUCCACACAGAAAAAGAAUUAGAUUUAAGUAACGCUGGCAGAGGUGUAUGGCUAGUCAAAGUGCCUAAAUAUAUCGCGAAUAAAUGGGAGAAAGCACCUGGGAAUAUAGAAGUUGGAAAAUUAAAAAUAACUAAAAACCCUGGUCAAAAGGCUGAGGUAUCUCUCAAAUUAUCAGAGGCUGUCUUAGCCUUAAAAGAAGCCGGAGAAGAAGAAAUUCCUAAACAACAUAGAUUAGAUGUUACAACAGUAACAAAACAAAUGUUAGGUGUAUUUUCUCAUGUUAUGCCAUCGAAUAACUCUGAUUCUAUUGUUCCUGAAACUGAAAAGCUUUACAUGGAAGGGAGAAUUGUACAAAAAUUAGAAUGUCGACCAUAUGCUGAUAAUUGUUACAUGAAGUUGAAAUUACAAAGCAUUAAGAGGGCUUCUGUACCGCAAAGGCAGGUUCAACAAUUGGAUAGGGUGGUUCAAAAUUUCAAGCCUGUUUCUGACCAUAAACAUAAUAUUGAAUAUGCAGAGAAGAAGAAAGCUGAGGGUAAAAAGAUGCGAGAUGAUAAGGAUGCAGUAUUGGAUAUGUUGUUUGCAGCAUUUGAAAAACAUCAGUAUUAUAACAUUAGAGAUCUUGUGAAAAUUACAAGACAACCAAUUGUAUAUUUAAAGGAAAUAUUAAAUGAAGUUUGUAACUAUAAUCUAAAAAAUCCUCAUAGAAAUAUGUGGGAGUUAAAGCCUGAGUAUCGACAUUACAAAGAAGAGGAAAAACCGGAAGGUUCUCAAAAAAAAGCUGAUGAGUCGGAUGAUGAUUAAUUGAUGAUAUUUGUAUAUACGCUUAUUUCUUUUUUGUUUA